GAUACUUUCGAUCCAAUCAUUCAUGCCGAUUUAAAUUUUACUGAUACCUUGUGUACCCAUUUUCCACGCAACCCAUUACUUCAAAAGCAAUUAGAAAGAAAUGCAGGCUUUUUGACUACUAUACCCAUCUUGCACAACUUAUUUGUAUCAAGAAAUGACAUACUCGAUAUGCAAUGGGUUGUGAAAAAUGCAAGUGCGACAGGCAAUAUAAAGCGGGAUGGCGUUGUAUUUGUAGUAGGAAAUAAGAUGGUGACGCCUAUGUUUGUGGAGCUUUCUGGGGGAAUUAAUUUUAACAGCACUGAUAAAAAAGAAAUGGAUGAUGAAAAGAAGCUCCUAAUAGCUAACAUAUUUAAAUUAGACAUGGUAUUAUAUUUUGAAUCAUUAACUUACUUUGAUGACUAUUAUGUCAAAAGAACUCAUUUUGUUGUUCCUUGUCCCUCAACAUGCUCCAAAUUAAUUGACUUUGUUGCUAAGAUACCUCAGAUAUUUGAAUAUCGCCAAGGAAUUCUUAACUUGAUAAAAGAAAUGAAAUAA